AUUUAUAUUUUUAUAUAAUUUUAUUGUAACCCCCUACAUUAUAUUACUAAAUUUUGUUACUUAAAAAGUGAAUUUCUUUUAAUGAAGUGUGAAAAGUGUAUUAUGUUGCAUUUCAAUUAAAUUAAAAAAAAAAAAUGUUAAAAAUUUUUUGAGGUUAUAAAAAAAUGGGUGCAACCUGGCGUCGUAAAGCUUAGGUGCCGACAUGCAUCUAACGCAGCCGUUUCUUUAUUCUCUUAAACUGACAUUAAGUCAGAACGCAGCCACUACAAUCUAUCGUAAAUCCUGGGUGGAUCGUGGAAGUGUUGCAUCGGCAUUCAUUUUGGCUACAGCGGGUCUGUCAUUAAGCAUGUUUUCUUUAAAGCAAAUGCAAUCAACACAACAACUCCGACAUCUUCGAAGAUUCGAAUGACCCAAGGAAUUUGGCUGGACGUGUUCAAAAGAAAUUAUUAAAUUAUUUCCGAAAACAAAAACGCCAGUGUCCUGAAAAAAGAAAAUUAUAAAGUAACGUGUAUAUGUGUAAGAUCGAAGGGGAAUCGAAAAUAUAUAUAAGCAAAGCGUUACAUUAUUUACAUUAAUUUGCGCAAAUUUUUACUGCCACUGUGUAAAAAAAACGUGAAGCAAUACAUAAUAUUCACUACAUUUAUUUUAUUUGUGUAUAAAGUAAUUAGCCAUUUAGCCGUAAUGCACAAAUUGUGUAAUACAGCUAAUUUCAGUUAUAUUGAAUUUAGCACGUGGUUCAGAUUGUUCAAUAAAUGUAAAUUAGGCAAAUUAUGUAGACUGAUUUAAUUUAGAAUCAUUAAAAUUAAAAAUUUGAGAGAAACUUAAUGAAUCUAUUUAAUGCGGUAAAAAAAAUUGAAUUGUUAAAUAAUGAACUUACCUUUGCAUGUUAUCACGAAACAUCAACAUAUUUGACAAUGUAUAUCUAUUUAUAUGAAAUUUUUGAGAAAAAAAAAGUUGUUAUCCAGUAUUAAAAUGAAUACCUAUUUGAUAUAAAAAAAUGGACGUUUUUAAAUUCAUAUUUAUCUAUUCUCAUCCAUUUCAACAAUUAUCGUUUCAAUGAUUCCCUGAAAUCAUCAGAUUUUACUGUUUAUAAUAUAUAUAUAUAUAUAUAUCAUAAAUGUACAAACGUAGUUUGUAUAUCAAUCCUGAAACAAAAAAAAAGAACACUAAAUAUGUAUAAAUUACAAAUUUUGACAUAAAUUAUAAUAAUAAAAAACAAUUUGUUUGGA